CUCUUUGGUGUGUCUAUUGAAAUAUCGCGAUAGCCGCCUCCCUAAUCACUACGUAAUGUGCCGUGCUGCUUCUAGCGGCGCUGGUGACAGUGCUGAAAGCUGUUGGGUAUGAAGUGAAACGGAACUGAAUUUUUGUACCAUCCGCAACUGCUUCAAGUUCAGAUCAUAACAAAGAAACUGAAGAUAAACCUCCAAAACAAGCAAAGUUGCAACGCCGAAGACACGUGGAGGAAAUAGGAUCACUUCAAAGGUUCGAAACGCAAGAAGUAACCAAAUCCUGUAACGACCAAAGAAGACUCUCAUCAUCCCAACUGAAACACAGAAGAGAAGCAAUCCUACGCCCAUGCAUAUUUUGAGAAGUCAAUAACUGAUCUGAAACCAGAAGUUUGUGCCUACUCAACAGCUUUGACAAAGCACACGUCCCAACGCUGCUCCUAGCCCUCCUCAUCCUCACCACACCUCCGACUCACAGCCGGAGUGUGGAGUGGGCUGCUAUCUGCUAGUUUUUCUUCCCCAUAGUUUCCCCCACCACACUCUCUUUUCUUUCCCACUGUUUUUUAUUGUAUUUUUUUCUAAGCAGUGUUAUUACACCUGCAUUUGCCUUUUUUUUGCGCUAGAUUCCCCCUUUUUGCUUUAUGCAACCAUUUAGAAACGUGUAACGUGUGUGUGUGUGUGUGUAUGUGUGUGUGUAUGUGUUCAACUGUGUGCAUGAAGAGAUCUGCAGGAACUGUAUAGUCAUUGAGAUUCAGAGAAUUACAAGAUCCUGUACAACAAGUAAAGACAUCCAGCGGUGUAUCAUUGGGUGGUUAGAUAAAAAUAGUACAUAACAGUUAAGCAAAAAAAAAAAAAGUAAUAAGUUCAGCAAGUGCUCAAGCGAGUUUAUGGGAAAAUAUGGGCAGCCCCUGGAAAGGCUUUGUUGAGUUUACCUUGCCUGCGUCACCACCCACCGCGUUUGUUAGCGCUGACCUGAGCAGCACCUCCCCUGUCGGACUCAGCCUGUCGCCAUAUGGCCGAUCUCAUAUUCAAGCCCUAUCCCCAGUGUCAGAAAUGGAAAGAGGCUCCUCUGAACCUCCAGUGGCUCGCAACACUGGCUCUGCCCCAUCUACUUCCUCUGGUCCCAUACCUAUCCCCCGCUCCUCCUCUGUCUCUUACCAUCCCCAUCCAGGAAGUAAAAAGCACAAGCGGACUCCCUUGUAUCAGAGAUCUAUGAGUUUUGACCCUGGCAUGCUCCAUAACAAUGGGCACACUGCUUACGCAAAUGGCACAGGACCUGGCAUUAGAGAGACUGGUGUGGUGGAGAAGCUUCUGACUUCCUAUGGGUUCAUCCAGUGCUCUGAACGUCAGGAUCGUCUCUUCUUCCACUGUUCUCAGUUCAAUGGCAACCUGCAGGAGCUUAAAAUAGGAGAUGAUGUGGAAUUUGAGGUAUCCUCUGACAGGCGCACUGGCAAGCCCAUAGCAGUGAAGCUGCUAAAGAUAAAGCCAGAGGUGCUGCCAGAGGAGCGCAUCUCGGGCCAGGUGGGGCCAGACCUGCACGCCUAUCCCUUUACUGUGCUGCAUGGUUAUAUUCAUCCAGUUGUCUCAUCAAUUCCGGUACACUUGGAUGGGAAAUCUGCUCCUGGCCAAGUUCCCACUGGUAGUGUUUGCUAUGAAAGAAAUGGGGAAGUGUUCUACCUUACCUACUCUCCCGAUGAUGUGGAGGGUAACAUCCACCUGGACACGGGUGAUAAAGUCAGCUUUUACAUGGAGACCAACAAACAUACUGGUGCAGUCAGUGCUCGUAACAUUCAGCUUGUGAAGAAAAAGCAAAUGAGGUGCCAGGGUGUGGUGUGUGCUACAAAGGAGGCCUUUGGCUUCAUUGAGAGGGCCGAUGUGGUGAAGGAGAUCUUCUUUCACUACAGUGAAUUCAAGGGUGAUCUGGAUGCUCUGCAGGCUGGAGAUGAUGUUGAGUUCACCAUCAAGGAUAGAAAUGGUAAAGAAGUAGCCACAGAUGUGAGGCUUCUCCCACAAGGAACAGUCAUCUUUGAGGAUAUCAGCAUUGAGCAGUUUGAAGGCACAGUUGUCAAGGUCAUUCCCAAGGUUCCCACCAAAAACCAGAACGACCCCCUACCAGGUCGCAUCAGUGCCCAGAUUGGUUUCGCUGACAAGGAACUGCCAUUUGGUGAGAAGGACACAAAAUCCAAGGUGACGCUUUUGGAGGGUGACCACAUACAGUUCAACAUCUCCACUGACCGCAGAGACAAACUGGAGAGGGCGACAAACAUUGACAUCCUCCCCGACACCUUCGACUUCACCAAGGAGAAACGUGAAAUGGGGGUGAUAGCAGCUAUACGCGAUGGCUUUGGCUUCAUUAAGUGUGUGGAUCGGGAUGCAAGGAUGUUCUUUCACUUCAGUGAAGUGCUUGAGGAGACCCAACUGCACAUCUCAGACGAAGUGGAGUUUACUGUUGUGCCUGUAGGUCCUGUUUAUAAGAUUUUCACAAAAGACAUGCUCUCUGCUCAGAGGAACCAUGCUGUGCGCAUCAAGAAGCUGCCCAAGGGUUCGGUGUCUUUUCAUACUCAGUCUGAGCAGCGCUUCAUGGGUGUGGUGGAGAAAGAAGUUAUUGGGCUCACGAACAAGAAUGCCAGUCCCACCAAGGGCAAGGAGAAGGAAUCCGAGGAAGGAGUGAUUACAUAUGAAGACUGCGGCGUGAAGCUCACUGUGUCGUACCAUUCUAAGGAUCUAGAGGGAGGAACUCAACCACAGGCUGGAGACAAGGUGGAGUUCUCGAUCAGCGAAGUGAAGCGAACAGGCCUACAAAGUGCAGUCUCCAUCAGGGUCCUUAACCGCAAUGCCUCCAAUGCCAAGAGACUGCAUGGAUUUGUUGCCACCCUGAAGGACAACUUUGGCUUCAUCGAGACGGCAAAUCAUGACCAAGAAAUCUUUUUUCACUACAGUGAAAUGUGUGGAGACUUAGAUAGCUUGGAGCUGGGUGACACAGUGGAGUACACUCUUUCUAAGGGGAAAGGAAACAAAGUCAGUGCUGAAAAGGUUACUAAAGUGGCUGCAGUGAAUUGCAUUGGUGAGGAUGUCAGUACAACAGUGAUGAUGGGGAAAGUCAUCCGUCCUUUACGCAGUGUAGACCCCUCCCAGACAGAAUACCAAGGGCUUAUUGAAGUUGCAGAGGAAGGGGGAACAAAAGGCCAGAAUUAUCCCUUUGGGAUCAUGGGUAUGGCAAACAAGGCCGAUUGUCUGCAGAAAGGAGAACUUGUGAAGUACCAGGUCUGUACAGUUGCUCAGACCGGACAGAAGAUGGCCUGUAAUAUCGUCCCUCAACGUAGAGCCUUGGUGGAGUGUGUCAAGGACCAGUUUGGCUUCAUCACAUAUGAAGUUGGUGAGAGCAAGAAAUUGUUCUUCCAUGUAAAAGAAGUGCAAGAUGGCCUGGAGCUUCAAACCGGGGAUGAGGUGGAGUUCUCGGUUGUCCUUAAUCAACGCACAGGAAAAUGUAGUGCCUGCAACGUACGCAGAGUCGGGGAAGGGCCUAAACAAGUGGCGGUGCCUCGCCCUGACCGUCUGGUGAACAGACUGAAGAGCAUCACACUUGACGACGCCAGUGCACCUCGCCUGGUAAUUGUAAGACAGCCCCGUGGUCCCGACAAUUCAAAGGGCUUCAGCGUGGAGCGCAAGACUCGUCAGCCUGGUGUCAUCGACUGAGCAAUACAGAGCCCGCCUCAUGUCCCAAAGGGCAACAGCAGGAGAUAAGGGAUUUUGAUUUGACACAUGCUUGUACACACAAAUUGCCACACAAAACAUGCACACACAUACAGUAAUCAGCAUGUGUAAUCUUUGUCCCCAUUGAAACCUGCAAGGGAACCUUUCUCAUUCCACAGUUCCCUGCAUCUCAUGUAUGAUGUACUUGAUACAGAGUCCACACUGCUGUCUACAUGGGAUCUCUAAAUGUGUGUGUGUGUGUGUGUGUGUGAUGUAUACUAGAAGUGAUUAGUGUGUAAUGGAGGUAUUUGUUUCUGAGGGCCUUGUCCCUCUAAAUCAGAGUGAUGACUGUGUGGCUGUCUGUCCCUAUCUUUUCAAUCUGCUUUGUCUGGAAUUCUGCACCUGUAAUCUGAAUGAAUGAGUGACUGUUGGCAUGUCUUUGAGCUUGUGGCCCCUUUUUUUCUCCUUCCUAUUUGCUCCUUUGCCCACAGAAACUUAGAUGAUUACAUUUAUCAAGUUUCAAUUUUCUGUAUGCUUUCCUACAAAACAUAUAAAGCAAAGUUCCCUCCAUAAGGAGGAUCAUAUUUCUCAUAUGUGCAAGCUUAAACUGAGGAUUCUUCUCUGCUCGUUUAUUUUGAGCAGUUUUUAAAAUGCUUUAUUGAAGAGCUGAGGUGAAAGCAUGUUUUGUGUGAUGUAUGUGAAUGUCAAAGUAGUCAAUCUAAUGGGAUUUACUUUACAAAUCUGGAGCCUUUAGAUACCUUUUUGGUAUUCACAUGCUCCACGUAAGCAAUUUCCUGGGUGCAGAAUUCCCUGCGGCAUCUUAUAUCUGCAGUUCUUUUUAUACUAUCUUUUUUUUUCUUGCACAUAUUUUUUUUUUUUUUGCUUUUCUUUUCAUUGAGACUCGAUCUGCUAAUAUUGAAUUAAAGUAAGAAGGUGCCUAAAACUACAAGUAAAGUGAAAUAAAAAAAAUAAAAAAAACAAAAAAGAUGUAUCCUGUUCCCAGCCAACCGCCAAAAUAUUCAGAACAAUCUUAGGGUGGCUGCCUUUUCUAGUAGAAAUAAUAAUAUGCAUCCCAGACCUGUGGGUUGAAUUAUACUUUAUGUAAUGUGUGCUUUUUUUCCUUAGUGGAAGUUAAUACUUCAGACAUAAUAAAAAAAACAAAUUUAACUUAAAUGAGAAAGGUAAAGUAUUAGAAAUUCAGUUUGAAAAAAAAAAAAAAAAAGCAUUACUAUUCAGGAUAUCGGUUAUUCUACUCAAAAGAAAAGGUGGGUGAACUGUUGUGCCUCUGCACAUUUGAGUUACAGUCAAAAUUGCUUUCAACUUCAGAGAUCACUGGGUUUCAGCUGAACCACAUACAGAGGUUCUCAUGUACUUUUGUUAAUGGUCUUGAAUGAAACAAUUGAAUUAAAAUUUUAUGAAAAUCACAA